AUGUUGAACGCCGAUUUUUCACAUAUGAAAUGCUGCUUGCCAGGCAUAAACGAAAGGGUUUUUUUGCAUCGUAUAGUCACUGGUGAUGAAAAAUGGAUCCACUAUGAUAAACCAAAGAAGAAGAAAUCAUGGGGACCACCUGGCCAUGCUUCAGCAGCCAAGCCGAACAUUCAUGGAAAAAAGCUCAUAGGUUUUUACACAAUACUAAGAAGAAUACAACUCUACAACGCAAAAGCUAUUUUGCAGCUGGAAUUAGCUGGGGUAGCGGCUACCCACUAUGGGGCUACCCAUCCUUCAAUAUACACCCCCUUCCCUGCCAACAGCGUUUACAUACCAAAGAGUCCCCCACGGGUAGCGGCUCAGUAUCAAUGCAUCCCUCGCUCUGAUAAAGUGAACGGCAUGGUUCACGAAACGUUGGCAUUAAUAAUGAAGAAAGACACGGUGAUAACUCGCAAACCUUUUGGUAUAAUUGAAGAAAAUAUCCAUGAAAGCCUCAAAAGCAUUGACAUACCUAUUGUAGUUCAAUACCUGUUACAGUUAGGUGAAGCAGCGAUUAGCUAUGAGCUCUGUCACAGACAGAGCGCAUUGGAAAACUUUAAGAAGAUCGGCCGUGCAAAUCACACGUACGGCAUAGUUCGGAAUCGCCUUCAAACUCUCAAGGAGACUUACGCUCGAUGCGAGCUCCUGCACGCACAACUGCUCAAAGUCGCCACCAAGGAACAAAAGGAUACCGAGAAAUACUUCAAGGAGGAUGUCUACAUCGAAUUGGAGGACGCCUACCUCGCAGCAUCGGACUACAUCUCCGACGCCCUCGCCUCUCUCGAAGCAGAUCAAGCGCCAUCAAGUCCAGGGUUAUCCGUGAGUCAAUCACAGAAAUUCGAAAAAACUCUUACAUUACCGCGCAUUAAUUUGCCGAAAUUCUCCGGUGAUUUACGGGAAUGGGAAACGUUUCGCGAUCAAUUCCGCUCCAUGAUUAUCGAUCAUGCCGAGUUAUCGAAUGUUACGCGCUUGCAAUACCUUUAUUCAUGUUUAAAGGACGAAGCACGCGACGCGUUGCGUAAUCUCCCUUUGACAGAAGCUAAUUUUAAAAUCGCGUGGAAUGUACUGCUCGCGCGUUACGAUGAUAAGCGUCGAUUAGUGUUGGAACAUAUUCAUACGCUUCAUACGCUACCGGCCGUUAAUACCGAUUCCGCGCAAGAUCUUAUGUCGCUUCGAGAUAAAGCUAAUAUGUCAAUUCAAGCGUUAAAAAAUCUCGGUCGUCCAGUUGAGUGGUGGGACGAUUUGCUCGUCUAUCUAGUCGUGCAAAAAUUAAAUAAAGCCACGCGUAAAGCAUGGCAAUUACAUUUAGGCGAUAAAACGGAAUAUCCGUCGUAUACGGAUCUUUAUAACUUCCUCGCAUCGCGAAUUCGAGCGUUCGAGAAUAUUCCAACGACCAAUACGGUCAAAACAAAACCGAGCAAGUCGUCCGUGCAAAGUCACACGACGACCGCUACCGGAGCUCAUUGUCCGCUUUGUAAACAAGAUCAUCUCUUGUCAGUAUGUCCUGAUUUCAAGAAGAAACAGGUUAACGAGCGUCGCGAUCUUAUUGUCAAAUUUAAACGAUGUCUCAACUGUUUAAGCGCUCGACAUUUCGCGAACACAUGUCCGAGUAAACAUAACUGUCGUCAAUGCCAACAAAGGCAUCAUACGAUGCUUCACGAAGCGACGACAUCAAGCGCGACCGAGAAUUCCCUUGAAUCCAACGAAACGAAUACGUCAAAUGAAAACAACGUCGUUUCACAUUUAAUUACGAAAACAACAUUUGACAAAUCUCGUGUUCUAUCAGCUACCGCGCGGAUUCAGGUGUGUUUUUCGUCUGGUCGCACAGAUGUCAUACGCGCAUUGUUAGAUCAAGGAUCUGUCACUAGUUUAAUUAGUGAAAAUCUCGCUCAACGGCUACGGUUAUCGCGAACACGCGUUGCUGUCUCGGUUACCGGAAUCGGUGAAACGCAAUCCGUUGCACGACAUGCUGCUCUGAUUUCGGUAUCAUCUAAGACCGGCAAGGGUCCGUCAUACUCAACGACCGCAAUUAUUAUGCGUUCUCUGACUAAAUACACGCCGCCUAAAAUAGCAUAUCAAAUCUCUCUCGCUCAUUUAAACGGCCUGCCAUGGGCUGAUCCGCAGCCCUCAAGUGCCGAUCCAAUCGAAAUGAUCAUCGGCGCUGAUCUAUACGGUGCUGUUCUAUUACCAGGCCUGUGCUCAGGUUCCUCUAAUCAGCCAACAGCACAAAAUUCCAUUUUCGGCUGGAUCAUGUCUGGUCCGAUUUCGACGAGUUCGUCUUCAAACAUGUCUAACGUGACAGUUAAUCAUACCACGUUGCACGACAAUCUCGAUGACGAAAUUCGUCAGUUCUGGGAAGAACUUCCGCAAGUACCAUACCUCACUCCCGAGGAACAACGUUGUGAGGAACAUUUCCGAACAACUCAUUCUCGUGACUCUAAUGGAUGGUACGACGUACGGCUACCGUUCAAAGUCAAUCCUCCGAUUGCAAUCGGCGAAUCUCGUCACAUCGCCUCAUCACUUCUUUCACGGCUUGAAGGCCAUCUUCAAAAUAAAAAGGAUAUCGCAUCCGAAUAUCGAGAGUUCCUACUGGAAUACGAAAAUCUCUGUCAUAUGAAGAAAGUAGACGAACCCGUCUCUGCUUCACAAUCAGUUUACAUCCCGCAUCAUGCGGUGAUUCGCGAGCAUAGCAGCACCACGCGGUUGCGCGUCGUGUUCAAUGCAUCUCAGUCGAUAUCGAACGGCUCUUCACUUAACGAUCAUCUCAUGAUCGGUCCUAAGUUACAAACCGACCUUCGUUCGGUAAUUCUUCGAUGGCGACAACAUCGUUAUGCUUUCACUGCCGAUAUUGCAAAAAUGUAUAGGCAAAUUCAAGUCGAUCCGCGAGAUCAAGAUUAUCAGCGCAUCUUAUGGCGCUUUUCAUCAUCCGAAGCGGUGCAAGACUAUCGCUUGCUUACUGUUACUUACGGUAUGGCGUGUGCUCCAUACCUCACUCUUUGUACGAUUCAGCAAUUGACGCAAGACGAAGGCGCUCAAUUUCCUCUUGCUCAAUCAGUUUUACGCAAUCAAAUCUAUGUCGAUGAUUGCAUCUUCGGCGCGGAUGAUAAGCCGCUUGCAAGGCAAAUCUGCAAUCAAUUAAUUUCACUGUUACAAAAAGGUGGAUUCCUCCUCCGUAAGUGUGCAAGCAACUGCCCUACGUUACUCAACGACCUACCGGUCAAUGAAAAGAGUCUAAGUCAAGGUAAAAUUCUGCAAAGCGACGAAAGUUUCAAAGUCUUAGGCGUCACGUGGCUCCCUGCUACCGAUACAUUUCAAAUUUCAGUCGAAGUUACCACGUCGAUCCCAGAUUCUAAACGGGAAAUUCUGUCUACUAUAGCAAAAUUAUUUGACCCGCUCGGGUGGCUUGCUCAGGUCAUAAUUACUGACAAAACUAUCAUGUAA